AUGGUAGCUCAGAUAUAUGUGGAUGACAUUAUCUUUGGCGGGAUGUCAGACGAGAUGGACCAAAAUUUUGUCAUGCAGAUGCAAUCUGAGUUUGAGAUGAGCUUUGUUGGUGAACUAACCUACUUUCUUAGGUUACAAAUCAAGCGUAUGGAAGACUCUAUUUUUAUUUGUCAAGAAAAAUAUGCUAAGAGUAUUGUGAAGAAGUUUGGAUUGGAGAAUGUCAGCCACAAACUAACUCCGGCUCCUACACACUUCAAGCUAACCAGGGAUGAAAAAGGGGUUGGUAUUGAUCAAAGUCUGCAUAGAAGUAUGAUUGGUAGCCUCCUCUACCUUACUGCAAGCAGACCAGACAUUACUUUUGCUAUUGGAGUAUGUGCUAGGUAUCAAGAAGAACCUAAAGUGAUUCAUCUCAAUCAAGUCAAAAGGAUUCUGAAGUAUGUGAAUGAUAGGUACAACUAUGGGAUAUUGUACUCACAUAGCUCAAACACUAAGUUAUUGGGUUAUUGUGAUGCUGAUUGGGAUGGAAGUGUUGAUGAGAGAAAGAGUACCUCUGGUGGAUGUUACUUUCUAGGAAACAAUUUCAUGUUAUGGUUCAGCAAGAAGCAUAAUUGUGUAUGGCUUUCCACAUCUGAAGCUGAGUAUAUAGCAGCGGGUAGCAGUUUCUCUUAA